CGAGAAACGCGGGCGAAAGAAGGGGUCCUGGAAGAGAGUCAAAACGCGCCAAGUUUCUCGGUGCGGGGGGCGACUGAGUUUGGAUUGAUCCAAAUAUUGGUGACCUCCGUUUCUCUCUUAUCUCUUCCCCCUCCACCACCACCCCGCACGUUUUACCCUUUUGGGAGCGCGCAGAACGGCAAGAUGUAGCGGGAGUAACUUCAACAGGUUACAGUUCCCUUUCAUGAGUUCCUCAACACUUUGCUGAGGGAGGGGGAAAAAUGCCUGGCGUGCUGCCCAGUGACAGCCACGGACUUUCAAGAGAUACGCCAGCCACAACAAAAAGCCGGCUGUCAUUGAAGUUUUUCCAGAAAAGGGAAACAAAACGAGCACUGGAUUUUGUAGAAUCGGCAGAAAAUGAACAAAAGGCUUCAGAAUAUGAGUCUUCUGAAAUUGAUCAAAUAGUUCCUGCAGCACAACCUCUUUCACCUGCCUGUUGUGAUAAAAAAGACAAAAUGCUGCCUUUUGUGGGCUUGAACAAUCUUGGAAACACUUGUUAUCUUAACAGUAUACUUCAGGUGCUCUAUUUUUGUCCUGGCUUUAAAACAGGAGUGAAACAAUUGUUUAAUAUAAUUUCAAAAAGGAAGGAAAGUUUAAAAGAUGAAAUCGAUAAGGAAACAACUAAAGAACAUUCUUUUGGAAGUUAUGAAUUGGUAUGCAGCUUACACACUUUGAUUGUUUCAGUUGAACAGCUUCAGGCAAGCUUUCUCUUAAAUCCAGAUAAAUACACAGAUGAACUUGCUACUCAACCAAGAAGACUACUAAAUACACUUAGGGAGCUAAAUCCCAUGUAUGAAGGAUAUUUGCAGCAUGAUGCUCAAGAAGUAUUACAAUGUAUAUUAGGACAUAUUCAAGGAACUUGUCAGCUCUUAAAGGAGGAACUACGACAGAAAUCACUGGAGGAGCCUACAAUUCAACUGAAAAAAAAGUCUAAUUUGGAUGCCAAUGGCACUAACUUUGAGGAAGAUAACAGUGUGCUCCAAAGCCAAACUAUAAAGAAUUAUGAAAACAAAACGAAAGAAAAUGCAAAGAGGAAAAAUGUUAUGGAAGAUGGCAAUGAAAAGAAAAAAUCUAAAGUCUCCAAAGAGAAAAACGGAAUAGAAGAAAAUUUGAGACAGACUCGGUCAAAAAGAAAAGCUUUAGAAGAAAAAGUAGAAAAUCAAACUGAAGCUAUCAUUAAACAGUCUGUUGAAAAUGAAAAUACAAAACCAGUACAUAAAAAAUCAAGACUUAGAUUAAAUUGGUUAAAAUCUUCCAAUGACCAGCCUAGCAUUUUAUCUAAAUUUUGUAGUCUGGGAAAACUGAAAACUAAUUUAGUGUCCAAAGAUCCAGUUAAAGACAUUAACAACUGUGAAUUUACAGACAGUUCCUUCAAGUAUGAAAACGAUAGCAAAUCAAGUGGAGAAUGUUGUGAUUCCUCACUUAUAAAAACUACAGUUGGAGGAAGAAUUGAAUGCUUUAGUCAAGAAUUGGCUAUCUUCAAUUUAGUGGAGAGACUCUUCCAAGGUCAAUUGGUCUUACGAACCCGAUGUUUAGAGUGUGAGUGUUUUACUGAGAGAAGAGAAGAUUUUCAAGAUAUCAGUGUACCUGUUCAAAAAGAUGAGAUCUUAAAAGUAGAGGAAAAUGCUGAAAUUUCCCCAGAGCCCAAAACGGAAGUAAAGACUUUGAAAUGGGCAAUUUCACAGUUUGCUUCCAUAGAAAGGAUUGUGGGAGAAGAUAAAUAUUUUUGUGAAAAUUGUCUCCAUUACACAGAAGCAGAACGCAGUCUUUUAUUUGAUAAAAUGCCAGAAGUUAUAACAAUUCACCUGAAGUGCUUUGCUGCAAAUGGCUUAGAGUUUGAUUCUUACGGUGGACUCUCCAAAAUAAAUACACCUUUACAGACACCUCUCAAACUGUCCUUGGAUGACUGGAGCAUAAACCCAGCCAAUGAAAUCUAUGGAUUAUUUGCCAUAGUAAUGCACAGUGGUAUUACUAUCAGCAGCGGCCACUACACAGCCUCAGUGAAACUCACAGAUCUUGACAGCUUGCAAAUAGACAGUGAUAAUUUCAGCAGUGAUGUUCUUUGUAAAUUUUGCCCAGAGCCACUAAAUGAACAAGAAGCUGUCACUGAGGACUAUGAUGAUGGUGAGGUCUCUUUUACAGUUGGAGAAAUCACUCAACCUAACAAAGGACUGAACAAAAAGAACAUGGAAGCUGUGGGUCUUCUGGGCGGACAGAAAAGCAAGUCCAACUGUGAUUUGCCAAAUAACAAAGUAGCCCAUUCUGAGAAAAUCGCUCAUAUGAUGGAUGAAGCAAGAAAUGCCAAAUGUAACUGUCCUAAAGCAAUCAUGGCAUUUGAAGAGUGUGAACAAACCGGCACUAUGUCCACUGGACUAGACAAUGAAGCAGCACAUGUAAUGCAUUCCCUAAAACAGUAUAAAGACAAGUGGCUACUUUUUGAUGAUUCAGAGGUUAAACUUAUAGAGGAAAGAGAUUUUCUUAAUUUGUUGUCUCCAAUUUCAUCAUCUACAUCUACUCCUUAUCUGCUGUUUUAUAAGAAAAUUGUAGAGUGACAUUGUAUUUUGAUAUGCAAAUGAUAGUUUUUGAAAACCAUACAAUGGGAAUUUUGUAGAUACAUGUUACAAUUAUUUUCAUUCUAUAAAAAUGGGCAGAUGUGUUUUUAAAGAGAAUAAUUCAAUUUGUAGAUGUUAUACAAAUUGCUUUAGAAUACAAGUCUGUAUAUAUUCUGUUGAAUAAGAAAUGUCUUAAGAGCAAGCACUAUAUAACAAUGAUUCCAGCUUCAUCGCACUACUUGUACAGUAAAUAUAUUAUUUUUUAAAAAUAAAGUUGCAUGUAUUCACAAUCUUGCAAAAAUUUGUAGCUGAUGAUAAAAGAAACAUGCUUUUUAUUAAAAAAAAGGAAACUAUGAUUUGAGAUUUCAUUCCACAUUUAAAAACCUCACAUUCUUAACAUGUUCUUGCUCUAUCCCAUGAACAUUUUAUAAGUGUUCUAAUUAAGGUUGAAACAAGAUGCUCAUAUCUUUUUCACUACAGCUAAUGUAUAUUAUGGAUAUUACAAUAUUUCUGUUUCAGUGAUUUUAAGUGAGUUAUUUGAUCAUAGUUAAUGGUUAGUGAUGGCAUGCUUUAAAUUGAUUUUAUUAUUUAAUGUUCUCUCCACAGCUGUUUUGGAAGGGAAAUAUAGGAAAAUGCCAUAGGAAACCCGAUAUUGCCCCUUUGAUUCAGAUGCUAUAGAAACCACAGACUAGCUUCUUUUUUAUUGUCAGUUUUAUAAAGACAUUCACUGGUUGAUUACCUAAACAACCAAGAUUAGAGAAACCAAUUUCUCUAAAAGUAACAAAAUUCUGCUACAUUAUAUGUGAGCUUCUCCCGCAAAUGGUACUAUACGUCAGUGUUGGAAGCACUGAGGUGAAAGGAUCAGACAGUGAAAUUACCAUUGCUUGGGGUGAUGCCCAGUUGGGGGUUCCUUUUAUGUCCCCAUUAAUGAGCCCAUUUAAGUGAUAACUAUUUAUUUACCCAUAUUCACACUUUCAAACAGCUAGGUCAGGAGGACCUGGAAUGAAUGACAGGAGCUCACCCGUAACACAGCAGCACUCAGGCUUUGAACAUAGGCUUGCAAAUUGUCAACCCAAUGUUCUAACCAUGUCCGCAUCCGCAGUUAUUGAUAUUAAGGUAAAGGUUCCGCUUGCACAUAUGUGCUAGUCGUUCCUGACUCUAGGGGGCG